CCUCCCAGAGGUGGGACGGGAACCCGCGCACCCCGCAGCAGCCGCUCUCCCCAGCAACAUGGACCUCCCGACGGCGCUCUCCCGGGCUCUCCUGCUCCUCUUGUUGUUGCACCUGUCCCCGCAGAGGUGUCGUCCCCACCCGCUGGGCAGCACCAGCAAGGCCUCCUCGGAACUUUCUGAGAUACAGCAGCUGCUGGGCCGUCUCCGGGACAAGGUCUCCCAGCUGCAGACACAGCAGACGACCCUGGAGCCUACCCAGCAAGACGGAGGCACGGCAAAAACCUGGGAGACCCAGGAGGCCAGAGAGGCAGCCCCUGCAGGCAGCCCUGGGCCCCAGGAUGAGGCCCGCCAGACCCUGCGGAGACUCCAUGGCCCCAAGCGGAUGCAGGGCUCAGGCUGCUUCGGGCGGAGGAUGGACCGAAUUGGCUCCUUCAGCGGCCUGGGCUGCAAUGUGCUCAGGAAGCAGUAGAAGGAACGCUGGCCGCAGAUAACCGCUCUGGACUCCACAAGGGACGCCCUCCCCCGGCCCACGCCCCCCACCCCUUUGG